AUGUCUCGCGAAUUCUGGAACUUGCGCGAGCAGGAAAUAAAGCCUGGAGAAUCGUUCUUUUCACGAGCUCUAUUGAAUGGAUUGCAUAGUGACAGCAAGUGCAAGCAUCUAGUCAUCCUCUUCUUCGUUCUGCAACUCUACGCUCUCCAAGCUAUAUCCACUGGGGACUUUAGCAUCGCAAUCGUGACAGCACUGCCCGCAUUCCUUCUCCCGUACACCUGGACCUUCAGCCAGACAUACGAGACGAUCCUAGGCAUCCCUCUCCGCUUCAUUCUUCCUUACCAAGGGACUAGCUACACGGAAGUGAAGUACAGUCCGCGACGCGGCAAGGAUUUUAAUGGCCCGGCCAAGGACAUAUAUUUGGACUGCUUCUAUACACUCCCGCUGUAUCUGGCUCUCUGGUACUCAUACAUCGGAACCGUUUUCCCGGAAAGAGUGACGUUCUUUGUAUUUGUCGCUGUUUUAUUCAUUUCGAGACAUGAGUACUGGACAAGCCACCACUCAUUCAGGUCUUCGAACAGGUCUUGGGGCAAGUUGGUCGCGGGCCUGAAAUGGCAGUUCCUGGUUGGAACUUCCACCCUUGCUUUGUGGACUGUUUCAACAAACUACGUACGCAACAAGGUGUCACAUAAAAGAGCUCAUCCUUCCCAACUCUGGGCUAUCGAUGAGGGUGCAGCAUUAGUUAUGACAUGUGUAGUGCUCCUCAAGGUCAUCAAUCCGUUGAAAAUAUUCAAGAAUUACCGGUCUAGGAUACAUUUUAAACCCUAUAGCCUGUACCGGGAGGACAAGGCGACAGACGAGGAGAUCGCGACAUGGGAGAUGCUCGGGUGGGAGAAAGUUCGAGAUAGGCAGCUCCGACGCGAAUGGCUCGACAGGGAGACGCAAAAGGAGAUUGAAGAAUAUGAGACUGUCGAGUGGCGAAAGGCAGAAGAGGAAAAGCGACAACGCCUAGGCCCAGGGAUUACCAACCUUGCGAAGGAAUUACGAGUCGAACAGGCAGUGUAUGGACAGCAAUCGGCUCCUAGGUUUUUGUACCGCGAAGAGUCUCGCGGGCCUCAAGUAUUGUAUCGAGGUUUCUCAUCGGACGAAGAUGACAAGGACUACACUCCACAGCGUCCUCCUCGCCGACCUCGACCAGCUGCCCCAACAGUGCCAUUACAUCAAGCACUCGGCAACAAACGAGCUCAAAUCGCAGCAAGGCUGGAAUUAACACUCAACAUAGACUCUGCCUUUCGCGAGAGGUUCAACAAGCAGGUGAAGGAUAUUUCAGCUGCCGCGUAUCACACGCCCCUCACACUGAACACGGCGGAACCCCCCGCAACCCAGAGCUACAUCUCCAUCAUCGAAGACCCCGUCGCCCUCGACGUCGACGCCUCUUCCUCCGAUUCCGACGGCGCCGAAACGGAUGUCUUCAAGCUCGAGCCCGACUACCCAGACUCCGCCUUCCCUCGGCGUGCCUGGGGUGAAGCCCUCGCUGACACGCGGGGCAUGCCGGAUUAUAUUCUGGCCUGCUGGAAGGGUUGGAUCUCCGAUUUGUUCAUGUUCCUGGUACAGGCUUUCGCCGCCGCCAUGCUGGUCCGUCAUACUCUGAUUGUGACGGAGACGUGGCCGCUUGAUCCGAAUGAUGGUGACAAUGCAGAGUUGGUGAAGAGUACAUGGUGGGCGAUUCAUGUGGUGAUCGGGACGGUGUAUGCGUGGUCGCUGCCUUGGAUUCAUUACUGGGGCAGGGCGGUGCGUGAGGCAAUGGAGUUUCUGGUGAACGAUUGGUUCUUUACUGUGUUUCUGGUGAUCUUCGCAGGGCUUGCUAGGAGCAUGUGGGUAUGGUACAAUAAGGGAGAGAUUGGUUUGGCUUUCUGGGUGGUGAGAGGGACGUACAACGGAGUCGCGGCGUUCUUGAACUGGACCUUUACAUAG